UUUUCUUGACUGACUCGUCGUCCAGUACGGGGGCAUCCACUUCAGUUGGCUUUCGAGUUGACGGUGGCCGGCGUUGACCAUCGGAGCGGAUCGAUGGCCACCGCGACGGCGACGGCCGCCUUCGUGGUCGUGUCCCCACGCAUCCGAGUCUCAGCCCGCCACCCCUCUUCUCUCUCCCCCGCCGGCGCCGGCCGCACCGCUCUUGUCCCCCGCCUCGUUGCUGCAGCACGCCGGCGCCUCCCGGUCCCGCUCCCCCGAGCCCUGCCGCCCUGCGGCCUCCCGCUGGUCCCGGCCUCCGACCACUGGGGCAACUGGACGGUGCUCCUGUCGGCGGCCGCGCUGGGCGUCUGGUCCGAGAAAAGCACCAGCGCGGGCAAGGCGCUGAGCGGCGCGCUGGUGACCGUGCUGCUCGGCCUGGCUGCCAGCACGGCCGGCCUCGUCGCCGCCGACGCCCCCGCCUACCGCGUGGUCCUCGACUACCUGCUCCCGCUGGCCGUCCCGCUGCUCCUCUUCCGCGCCGACCUGCGCCGCGUCCUCCGCUCCUCCGGCGCCCUCCUCCUCGCCUUCCUCCUCGGAUCCGUGGCGACGACGGUGGGCACGCUGGUGGCGUUCGUGCUGGUCCCGAUGCGGUCCCUCGGACAGGACAGCUGGAAGAUCGCGGCGGCCCUCAUGAGCCGGCACAUCGGCGGAGCCGUCAACUACGUCGCCGUCGCGGAGGCCCUGCAGGUGACCCCGUCGGUGCUGGCGGCAGGGCUGGCCGCCGACAACGUCAUCUGCGCGCUCUACUUCACCACGCUCUUCGCGCUAGCCACCAAGAUCCCCGCCGAAGAGGCUCCGCACCCUUCCAAAGCAGCCAACGCCAACGGCGAGCCCGCUCCGGCCGCCGGUGCCAUCGGCGGCGACAGGCUGCCGGUGCUGGAGAGCGCGACGGCGAUGGCCGUGUCGUUCGCGAUAUGCAGAGCGGGCAAGCACAUGGCAACCCUGCUGCGCGUACAGGGCGGCAGCCUCCCCUGCAUCACGGCGAUCGUGGUGGCGCUGGCGACGCUGUUCCCGUCAGGCAUCGGCAGGCUCGCCCCCGCCGGCGAGGCCAUGGCCGUGGUGCUCAUGCAGGUGUUCUUCGCCGUGGUGGGGGCCAACGGCAGCAUCCGGAACGUCGUCCACACGGCGCCCGGCAUCUUGGCGUUCGCGUUCGUGCAGAUCGCCGUGCACCUGACGGUGAUCAUGGGCGCCGGUAGGAUGCUGGGGAUGGAGAGGAAGCUGCUGCUCAUCGCGUCCAACGCCAACGUCGGCGGCCCGACCACCGCCUGCGGGAUGGCCACCACCAAGGGCUGGGCCUCGCUGGUGGUUCCCGGGAUCCUGGCCGGCAUCCUCGGGAUCGCCGUCGCCACCUUCCUCGGCAUCGCCUUCGGCAUGUUUGUCCUCAAGCACAUGUAACGCAAUGCACUCCGGUGAGUCCUGUUGUCACUGAACCACCAGGGAGGUGAGCUCUGAUCGGUAGCAGCACCCUCUCUUCCAUUGAUUUUUGGAGACAUGUUCGUGGAGCCAAAAGAAAUGUCCUUGAAUUUCAAUAAUUUUAACGAAUUUGAAAAAAUGUUCAUGAUUUCAAAA